AAAAAUGUCAAAAAGACGUGCGUCCAAAGAUGUCUUCGUACCAAAUAAACUACCUCGAUUAGAUAAAUGCAACAGUAACAUUAUUUCACUUUUGCUAUCAAGACUCAACGGAAAAGAAUUACCCAACAAAUUAUGUGGAUUAGAUAAUCAAUACCAAUCUCUUUUUACUCUGCUUCGGCAGACUGUGUCCUCAGGAGAGAGUAACUCUUGUCUAUUAUAUGGAAACAGAGGCACAGGAAAAACUGUUCUUAUCAAUACUGUUCUCAGAGACUUGCGAAGACUAUAUCCAGAAUUCUGUAUUGUCAAAUUAAACGGUCUAACAGAGACAACGGAUCGAUUAGCCCUAAGUGAGAUCGCAAGACAGCUAGUCACUGAACAACAACAACAGCAACAACGCUCAUUUACCUCUUUUGCAGAUUCACUCGAAUAUAUAUUGUCUUUACUUAAAUCAGGCACUAAGACUUCAUUACCUGUUAUAUUCAUCCUAGACGAAUUUGACUUGUUUGCUCAACAACCAAAACAGACACUCUUGUACAAUCUAUUUGACGCUGCUCAAAGUGCACAAAAUCCAAUGGCAGUCAUUGGUUUAACCUGUCGUCUGGACGCACUUGAUCUAUUAGAAAAGCGCGUCAAGUCUAGGUUCUCUCACCGACAGAUUUAUCUAUUUCCUACUUCAACACUAGACGAGUUUAUGAAUAUGACCAAGCAAACAUUUAUCAUUCCUAAACAUAUUGAAGGUCAUGAAAGCUUUAAUCAGUCAGUAGAAGAGCUUUUCAAGAAUCCAGCCUUGGGCAAUAUUGUGAAAAAGAUAUAUGAAGUGACUAAAGAUAUUCGUCUAUUUCAUAAAAUAGCUUAUCAACCUGUCAUAAAACUAUCUAGUCAACCGCAUUUACUAGCACAAGAUUUUGUAGAGUCUAACCUCACACAAAGAGCAGAUGCAAAGACAGAGCUACUAAGAGAUAUUGCCCUAUUGGAACUCAUUUUGAUCAUUAGUAUGAAAAAGCUUGUGGAGAAAGAAAUAACAACAUUUAACUUUCAAAUGGUCUAUGACGAGUAUAAAGAAUUUAUGAACAGAACGCAAUUGAAGGGACUAGGUUUUGGUAUGAAGCUUUACAAACGUGCAGUGGCUCUCAAGGCAUUUGAAAAUCUACAACUGUUCGAGUUGAUCUAUCCUGUCGAAUCAUCAGGAAAAUGUCCCAAAGAGUAUCGUAUGGUAAAACUCAUGUUAGAAAGAGCUCAAAUUACAGAAGCUGUCCUCAAGUAUGAUUGUCCCAGCAUCAUCAAGAAAUGGGGCACAGGCGGUCUCUAAUUCUUUUACUUUGUUUACAAAAAGUGUCUAGUUUAAUCUCCAUUCUACAA